GGAAUUGUAGCGGGGAUGAACCCGGAGCCGGCAGUGGCGCUACAAUCCACUGCCAAGGUCUUUGAAGCCGCCGCCUACAUGGCCGCCAAACGGCAGGAUGCUGUGUUGAUUGUCGAUGAAGACAGCCAUCUCGUAGGGAUUCUUACGGAUAAAGACCUUGCGUACAGGGUGGUGGCUGAGGGGCUUGAUGCCCAGACAACGCUGGUCUCACAGGUCAUGACUGCUAAUCCUGUGAGUGUGACCAGGUCAACAACAUCGACCGACGCACUAAACAAAAUGAUUGGAGGGCAGUUCCGUCACCUGCCCGUUGUAGAGAGUGAUGAUGAGAACAGCGGCGUCGUGGGUGUUUUGGACAUUACCAAAUGUCUCUACACAGCGUUGGAAAAACUGGAGCGCGCGUACGAGUCUUCGCGCAAACUAAACGAAGCCAUCCAAGGUGUCGAGCGCGAGUGGUCUAUCAAAUCCGGUUCAGGCUCCAUAGGUCGCUACGCAGAAGUACUCCGCGAUCAACUGGCAUGUCCUGACUUGGCGGGCCUGCUCGCCACACAAAGUGCCAGUCCGCCGGUGAUUGGAGUGGAAGGGACGAUCCACGAAGCUGCUCAGAAGAUGAGACAAAGCCGCGAAACCGCCGUGCUAGUGUUUGAUGCCGACGAGGACGGUAUGGGGACACUGGCCGGAAUUUUUACCAGUAAAGAUCUUACCCUGCGCGUUCUGGCCGCUGGUCUGGACCCCUCGACGACGCUCGUCUCUCACGUCAUGACCCCGCAUCCGGACUGCGUCACGCCUACGACGCCUGUCGUCGAGGCUUUGAGGAAGAUGCAUGCGGGCAAAUACCUCCACUUGCCUGUGAUUGACGAGAAUGGGGUUGUCGAGGGUUUAGUGGACGUGCUCAAACUGACAUAUACCACCCUGGCCCAAAUGACCAAUGUGCAAGGCGAGCCCGGCGAAGGACCCGUAUGGAACAAAUUUUGGGCCUCCGGAACCGGCGGUGCAGAAGCCUACGACCCCUUCACCGACCAGAUCCGCCUUCGAGGCGGCCACAGCGAAGGGCGCACCAACAGCCUCGUCGACCUCGAGCACGAAGGCGACCAGGAGGACGGCGACGAUGACAAAUACUCCGAACUAUCCUCUCACGUCCUCCGCACCUCCCUCCCUUCCACCUUCAACUUCCCGGACGACUCGACCGUUGCCCCAGACGAUUCGGCGAGCAUGUCGCCCCGACGAACCCUUAACCGCCGCAGUCUCUUGCUCCACAGCCAUAACAACUCACACCACCUUGCUCACAAUACCUCCCACCAUCACGGUGCGGCACCUUCCCACCUCACACCCGCCCCAACAACUCUCUCCACAACCUCAACCCCGCUCCCACCCCACCUGUACACAUUCAAACUCACCCACCCCAUCACCCACCAAACUCACCGCUUCACCUCCCCCUUCGAUUCCCUCCCCACUUUACGCCAGAUCAUCGCCCGUAAGCUAGGCGUGAGCGCCGCGCAGCUCGGGGGGUUGAGUUAUACCGAUGACGAGGGCGAUCAUGUUGCGGUUGUGGAUGAUGAGGGGCUGGUUGAUGCGGUGAGAAUGGCAGCCGCGGGGGGGUGGGGGAGGUUGGUUGUAAACGUGGAGCUGGU